GAUACUGGGCGGUUCUGUGAAGUCAAAAAGAGGUAACACAGGGAAGAUCAGCACUGCAGCACCAGAGCAACUAACAGCGUGAGUCCGGGUCCUGCCACAACACAGGUGAAUAACGGAAAAUACAGAAAGGAGAUCACCUCAGCUGGAAGAAAUAACAAAGAACUUCAUUAGAAUUAGCACGUCUGGACACAAAGCUUCAUACAAAAAUAUCCUCAAUAAGGAGAACUGAAGCCAGAACUGGAGAUGAACCUGUUAGUCAUUAUUGCUGUCUUUGCAGCAUUCAGCGUUGAUGUGACUUUUUCACAAAGAUGGUCUAAAAAGACUAACAGCGAGAGGUGCCUGUCUGAGGAUGGGAGCAGUUACAGGGGAUCUGUUUCUGAGUCGGCGUCCGGAGCCAUUUGUCUCAAGUGGAACAGGUUCCCCACCCCAUCAGGAGGUUCAAGGGGACUUGGCAACCACAAUUACUGCAGGAAUCCUAACCAAAGCUUGAUGCCGUGGUGUCGUGUCCGAAGAGGACCUAGGACUGUGAGAGAAUUCUGCAACAUUCCCACAUGCUCUAAACCGACAACAAAACCUCCACCAGCUGUGGAUACAGAGCUGACAUGUGGUGAGAGGUCUGAGCAGAGGAUGCAUAAAAUUGUGGGUGGUUCUUUCACACCUAUAGAGUCGCACCCAUGGGUCGCCGCUCUCUUUCAUCAGCGCAGCGGUUUCUUAUGUGGUGGCUCUCUCAUCGCACCAUGCUGGGUUCUCACAGCUGCACACUGCUUCUCUGAUGGUGAGCAGACUAAAAUCAAGCAUCUCUCUGUGCACCUGGGGAAGACUGCCAUCAAUGUGACUGAUGCUGACAAGGAGCAGCACUUCACUGUGGAAAAACUGAUCAUCCACCAACAAUACAAUGACGUCAACUAUGACAAUGACAUAGCACUGUUGAAGAUCAAAAGUAUAAAUGGCAGAUGUGCGGUGAGGUCAGCGUCUGUACGGACAGUGUGUCUUCCUCCAGCUCACACUCGGCUUCCUGCAGGAUUUCAGUGCAGCAUCGCAGGAUUCGGGAUGGAAAGAUCCAAGAUGGGGCAUUACUCACAGUUACUGAAGCAGGCCGAGGUGAAACUGAUCCCCCAGACUGACUGUAAACGUAAAUCGUACUAUGGAGAUCUCAUCACUGAGAACAUGUUCUGUGCUGGGAGCCCUGACUGGAGCACUGAUGCCUGCAAGGGUGACUCUGGUGGUCCGCUGGUGUGUGAAGCAUCAGGUCGGACGUUCCUGUUUGGGGUGGUGAGCUGGGGUGAGGGUUGUGCCCUUAAGAACAAACCAGGGGUUUACACACAAGUCACCAACUACAACAGGUGGAUCGCAAUCAAAACAAGGCUCCCUGAAUACACCAAAGGACUCAUUUAUCCCACAAAAUGAUGCCACGGCAGGAAGUUUAUCUCUUAAAGGAAAAUUUAGCAGCAGUUUUGUAGCUUUGCUGUAGCAUUGUAGCAUUGCUGUUUUGCACAGUGACGAUUUAAUGUAACAUUUCUAACCAAAAGUUUUUUGUAUUUUGUACAUAUUUAACUGUAUAUGGUGUUUAAUACUUUUGUAUAUGGACUUUUAAAAUUAAGAGAAGGAAUUUUUUUAAGCUAUUUAAAAUAAGUAUUUUUAUCUAAUUUAAUGUAAUAACCAUUUCAUUUUGUAAAAGGCUGGCCCUGCUGUUGUGCAUUUGUUUUAUAAUAAAUAAAAU